AUGACAAGCAGAGACAAUUCAUGUCCCUUUGUCGUUGAGAGAUUAGAAGUGGUUCUUGUGAAACCCUCAAAGCCAACACCUGAUGUCAAUUUGUCUCUCUCUACCAUUGACAAUGAUCCUAACAACGAACUCAUCCUCGAAAUCAUAUGCGUCUUCGCUCCAAACUCCUACGUCCAAGAUCACGCCGACCACCAUCCGGCUUAUUUACUUCAACUCGCCCUCUCUAAUGCCCUUGUCUAUUACUACCCUCUCGCAGGCAAACUUCACCGGCGGUCCAACGACCAGAGAUUCCAAUUAAACUGUAAAGCGGGCGAUGGAGUCCCCUUUAUAAAGGCAACAGCCUUGUGCACUCUCUCUUCUCUCAGUUACUUGGAGAGUGCUAAUAACUUGGACGGAGCCUACCACCAACUUGUACCUUCACACGAUACUUUGAAGGGUUGUAAUUCUGGGUACAAUCCUCUGGCUCUACAGGUCACUAAGUUCGCAUGUGGAGGAAUGACUAUUGGAAUGACUUAUUCUCACACCGUUUGUGAUGGUGUUGGAAUGACUCAGUUUUCUCAAGCCAUACUUGAGCUGGCCUCCGGGAAAACCCAACCCACGGUCAUCCCCGUGUGGGACAGAGACAGGCUCACGUCUAGCCAAAUUAGUUGUUUGUGCAAUAUCGGGAGCGACGACAAAAAUCCAAAACUCGUUUAUUUGGAGAAAGCUUGCUCUUCACCCGAUACACCAACCGAAGACAUGGUCCGUGAAACUCUGAACAUUACAUCCGAAGACAUCACUAAAUUCAAGAACAUAAUCAUGGAAGAUGAGAACGACCUUACCAAUAAGAAGAUUAAGAAGAACAUGGUGAUCACGACAGUGGAGGUUCUUGCAGCUUACGUUUGGAGAGCAAGAUGUCGAGCCAUGAAGCUAGAUCCCGACAAGACUACGGUUUUGAUGAUAUCUGUCGGUAUCCGCAACACUAUGGAUCCUCCAUUACCUAAAGGCUACUACGGAAAUGCUUUCGUCAUUGCCUUCGUGGCAUUGACAGCGAAAGAGCUGAGCAAAACGCCGAUGUCUCGCCUUGUGAAGCUCAUAAAAGAUGCGAAGAGAGAAGCGGUCGAGAAUUGUUACUUGUGGGAACAACUUAGAGAGAUGGAGAAUACGAUGGAGAUGAGGUUGGCAUCCAAGGAGAUUUGCGGAGGAGAAACAAUGAUGAUGACUGAUUGGCGUCAUCCCGGGAUGCAUCAAGACGUUUGGGGAGGUUUAGUGAACAUUAUACCUCUGGUACCGAUUACACUACCCUUUCUAAGUAUUUUGUUGCCGGUAUCUAAAGCGGUUCCAGGGAAGAACGGUGGUGUUCGAAUGCUGAUAACACUUCCUAGGGACGCGAUGGCCAAGUUCAAGGAAGAGAUGGAUGCACUCCAUGCAUGA